AACACAACCGAAAUGGGCUCCAAGCAACAAAAACCCCAAUCUAAGGAAUAACAAAAUUAUCAACUCCAACAUGUUGUGUUAUGUUCGUUAUCAAACAUGUGUGAUGGCUACUACGGUUGGCAUGAUGAUGGAGAACAAACCGAAUUUGGAGUAACGCGAUGCGAGAACAAACAUUCAAGAAAAGAAAUGAUUGGAAGCCAGGCAAACCCCACAAUGAAGUGGCAGAGCAGCGGCGCCAGCGAUGACGGCUAAGCUGGCUGUGCUGGCAGACAGGCAGGUUACAAAACACAAAAACACCAAACAAGAUUUAGUUUUGAUUUGAACGUGUUGUCUGUUGUGCCGUAUUGUGCCGUGCGUGUUCGGUUAAAAAAAAGAAGCGAGAAUUAAAACAUUGCGGCGGCGGCGUCGUUGCAUUUCGAGAUGUUUAAAACCAAAACCACAAAUCAAGUGAAACGAGAAUCCAUAAAUAAAUGAAAUAAAUUUCAGAAUUUUCAAUAAAAAAAUAAUUAAAUAAAUUAGUGUAAAUUAAUAUAAUAAUAUUUCAAUAAUCCGGAAUAUGUUUUUCUUUUAAUCGCGCGUGUGUGUGUUUGUUUAAAGUGAUAUUGCUACUGCUGUUAUUGUUGCUCUCCUCCGUUUGUGUUUUUUUUGGGGAUUUUUACGAGUCCAAGUGUCUGUCUGAGUUGUGUUUUUGUGUCUCUCCUCUCUCUCCCCCGGCUUUGAUGUUGAAUUUUUAAUGAAUCUCUGUCAAAAUAAAUGAAAAGAAGAAAUUGUAAAACAAAAUCGAAAUGUAAAUUUUUGGAAACGCAUGCCAAUCUAAUUAAUCAAUGAAAUUUUAAUAACAACAAAUACAACAACAACAAAGAAAAACGUGUUAAUGCCGUUAUUGUUGCUGUUUGCGGGUUUAGACACAAAUUAAAUUCCGUUGGCAAAAAAAAAAAACAGUGGCGGCAAAAAGUUUGUGAAUUCCACGGCAACACAAAAAAAAUGUUAAAAGAAUGAAUGAAACGUGGCAUAAAGUUCAAAUCCCGCAAAAAAUGGGGAAAAUAUUUCUGCUACAAUAAAUUUCAAUCGUUCGUCGCUUAUGGUCGGAAAAAAGAAGAAAACAAAUAUUCUCUGUAAUAAAAAUGCAAAUUUUAAUGGCGGCAAUGUUUAAUAUCUGCUGCCAUUGAUGUGUUUACCUGAAAUGUGAAGAAGAAGAAGAAAAAAAGUUUUAAUACCGCAAAGUUCACUUCAUUUCAAAACGAUUGCAAAAUUUUGAACGCAAAACGACAAGGAAUUACAAAGUUUUUUUUUUUUUCGCUGUUCUACCUGUAACUCGAGAAGGAAAACUUCUUUCAUAAAACAAUUUUGUGCAAUCCCUGAAGUUAACAUACCGAUCGACCGACACACACACACACCUCUACAACCACAUGCAGGGAAAAUGUUGAAAAUUAUGAUUUGCUUUAGAGAAAAUAUUAGAUCUCUUUGCAUUUGUCUAUAGCUGAAACUGCAGCACAAUGCUGCUACUGUACUUACCUGAAACGUCAACAUUUCGCAAGCGAACUCACGAACCACCUCCUGCAAUCAAUUUCGAAAAUUCUAAACGCAAUUAUUUUCCGUUCAAAUAUCCUUCCCAACAUGGCAUAACAAUGUGAAAAACGGAAAACUUUUCCCUCGUAAACAAUUUGAUUUCUUUUAACCAAAAACCAAAACUAAGAAAAGCGGAAACUUUUCCCCCGCGGACAACAAAAUCAACGAAGGUUAACGUUACAGGAAAAUUUACACUGCAUUUAUGUUCCUGUUCUUGGCAGAAUUUCGGAAGCAUUAUUGAUCCAGUAAAACGUCAUUUUAAAGAAGUUGAGGAGGAGGGCGAGGAGGAAAUUUCAUUCAUUGAUGCAUGGUAGCUGUUCAUGAACCAUAACUAACAAAAUGCCAGAGUCGCGUCGACAAUCAGUCAGCUUCACCGCCAUGCCACCCGGCGUUUUAGCCAAUGACAGUCGUAACAAUUCCACCGAUGACAUACAAAUCGCUUUAGCACCCCACAUACAAACCUAUUUAAGUCAAACCGGUCGUCGUCAUUCCUGCUGCAGCGUCAUGUUGCCCGUUGCCUUUGAGCGUGCGGCCUCCAAUUCAUGGCUGGAUCCGAAAUUCGAUUCAGCCGUACUGGAGGGCCAGUUUCAGACCAGUGUAUUUUCACAUGUGCGAAUGAGAUAUCGAUUUGCCCUCUCCUACAUUCUACUCUGUUCGCUGGCAUGGUUUCUUUACUUCUUGGUGGAUGGCGGUUCCGAAGAUUUCUGGCGUCCUAUCUCAAGUUCCUUUUCACUGCUAUCGCUAAUAACAAUCAUGGCCAUGUGCUUUACCCACUGGGAUAUGUAUCGGGCAAAUCAUGUUGCCACAUCAGCCAUAACAGCAGCACUACUGUGUGCUACCUCCCUAGCAUUUCUCACCUGUACGGGGCGGGCUUUUAGCCCCUUGGGUCAUUUUGCCAUAUGCCUGGAAAUUGUCCUGCUCAUCUAUACCGCUCUGCCAAUGACACUGUGGCUGAGUGCCCUCAUCGCCAUAACAUAUACCGUUCUCUUUGAGGUAGUGACCCAUAUCGUCGUUGCCGGAAAUGCUGUACAUGGCGCCCAAGCGGAUUUUAGUUAUAAAAUUCUCGUCCUACGAAUACUUUGCCAUUUUUGUGUCCAUCUGGUGGGUGUGCAUGUGUUGGUAAUGAAUUUGGUACGCAUGCGUGGCACCUUCAUGAAGGUGGGUCAAAAUCUUCUAGUCAGGCGGCAGCUGGAAAUGGAAAAACAGCUGAAGGAGAAAAUGAUACAUUCCGUUAUGCCUCCGAAGGUGGCAAAUAUGUUGCUGAAUGAGGGCGGCAUUGAUGGCAACAACGAUGGCAGUAUCAAACCGGAGUCCCACUAUAUGCGACCAAGACCAUCCAAUGAUGUCAAGUCCUUGUUUCGUCCCUUCCACAUGCACAGCAUGGAUAAUGUGAGCAUUUUGUUUGCCGAUAUUGUCGGUUUCACGCGCAUGUCUUCGACCAAAACCGCCGAACAGCUGGUGGAAAUUUUAAAUGAUCUCUUCGAACGUUUCGACGAUUUGUGUACCCUCAAGGGUUGCGAAAAAAUCUCCACAUUGGGUGAUUGUUACUAUUGUGUGUCCGGCUGUCCAGAGCCUCGACCGGAUCAUGCCAUCUGUUGCGUGGAAAUGGGCUUGGGCAUGAUUGAGGCAAUGCGUGACUUUGACUCCCAGCGCCAUGAAGGUGUCAAGAUGCGUGUUGGUGUCCACACCGGUACCGUGUUGUGUGGUAUUGUUGGAACGCGGCGGGUCAAGUUCGAUGUUUGGAGUAAUGAUGUGUCACUGGCAAAUAAAAUGGAAUCAACCGGCAAGCCGGAACAGGUUCAUAUAUCCGAGGUGACAGCCAGCUUUUUGGGUGAAGCCUACUAUUUGGAUGAAGGAGAAGAGGUUUUCGGUCACCGCACAUAUUUUGUGGUGGGCCGACGAAAAGAUAUCUCCCGUACGAAUAGCAUCUGUCCCAGUGUCCAUGCCAACUCGAAUGGCAGUCAUCUAAUGUUACCCGGUAUCCAGGGACAAACCGGUUCCCUAUCACACAGUGCUACCAAUAUCUCGGUAAUACAUCCAAAUGUACCGCCAGCAUCACCGGUGGGUCAACUCUCCUCUUCGCUGAACCCCUCACCCGUUCUUUCGAUACGACCAAGACUGACAUCGCUGAGCAUGAAAUUACGUAAAAAAUCCCAGUCACGAGAUUGUGAUAUAGAGCGGGGCAUCAUACAUCCCGCUGCGGCGGGUAUACCACCCGUCAUUGUAUGCCGUGAACGACCAAAGAUAAUUAUUACCACAAAAAGCCUACCCGGUAGUUUAGAUUCGGAAAAUGAUCCAAAUGAGGCGGCCACAGAUGAAAUCAUUCCCACGACGAAUGGCAAGACACAUCUAACAAAUGGCAAUUCGGCAGUGGCCAGACCAAAGAUCCGAUUAAAGGUGUGGAAGGUACCGAGGUUUCUGAAAAAAUUUGAGGAGAAAACCAAGACACAUGAUAAGUCCACCAGCACCGAUGUAAGUAUUAGUUUAAUGUCAAAUGGACCAAAGACCCCAACCACAGUGGCGCCCAACGAGGAGUCGGUGGCAUUUAUUGAACCAAAUGGUUAUCAGCAGCUGCCGGUGGUUAUUGAAAAUGCCAAAUCGAAUCCGAAUAUGUUGGAAAUACCACAGAAACCGAUGUUACAUCAUGUGGCCACCUCAACGGGCAUUUGUUCGAGUGUUAAUCGUUCGCCGGAUGCCAGUUGCUGUUCGCCGGGACAGUACUCCAUGUUUGAUGAUAUCAUUGAUAUACGUUCGUACAUCAGCCAAUCGAGAAGUGAUAUAUCGCCGUUUGGACGCUCGGGCAGCUAUCGUUCUCAGUGUGGCCGAAGUGGGCAAUCGGAGACCUCACCCCUGCCGCGACAACGAGCCGCCACCUUGACCACAAAUAAGGCGGAUGGAGCAACAGCGGCUUUGGCCUCGGCUGCAGUGGCAUUGACACCAUCCGGUGGCAAUAAUCCCUGCCAACCUCUUAUUGUACCGGGAAUCUCUACACCUGCCCAACCCACACACUCACGCAACUCCAGCAUAUGGCCCGACGGCCUAAGUAUAUGUCCCUCGGCCACAUCACGCAAGGACUCGGGCAUCAAGAGCAACUCACGUCGUUCUUCCAUACAGCAGCAAAUCUAUGCCCUCAACCAGACCGCCAUCAGUACCCAUCGGGUAUCGGGCUAUUUUACAAGCUCCACUUCCAGCAUCUCGAAUUUAGGAGAUGUCCAAACUUUACCUCAUGUGCCACUACCUCCCUUGCCAUCGUCACAUCCCGGUUCGACGGGUCAGGUUGCUGACCCGCUGGCCGCUUGUUUACAACAAUUACGCAAACAAUCGGAUCUUCAGCUGAUACGUUGUGUCCGCGACAAUGCCAAAUCCCAAAGGAGUUAUCUAGUCAAGCCUCCGUUGAGGAGAUUUAGUUUGUACUUUAAGUCAAGGCCAAUGGAGCGUGAUUUCCGCUCGAAGGCUCAUCGUUUUGGCAAUGAAAAUGAAACGGAGGGCCCGCCCACGUUAGCCACACCGCGCUACAAUACCUACAUCGAUAUAUUUGUGGGCCUGGCGGUGUAUUUAUGCAUUUCGAUAUCGCUGUUCCUGAUGACGCCCAACACCAUGACGCCAAGUUUCCGCCUGUGGGUUUCAUUGUUCACCUGCUUUACGGCAAUACAGGUAUUUGCCCUGUUUCUUUUUACCCGUCAAAUGUGUCGGCGUCAAUCCUCACAUACCCGUUCGAAAUUGACCAACUCUGAAUCGUGUGCAGAUCGAAUUUUUGAGGCCAUCUCCAGUUGGUAUCCCUGGCAUAUUUGCCUGGCCGUGCUGAUGGCCAUGCCGGUCAUCUUGAUCAUAGCAAAUUUCCUGUUACUCGAUCUCAAUGAAUUGGAGGCCUUUGAGUACCACUACGGCUUCCUCAUUUUCGUGUGCAUUGUCCAUUUUUGUAAUUUCACCCAACUCAACUGUUGGAUGCGGAAUAUUCUGGCCUUUAUGGCGGCCAUGUGUUUUGUGGGCAUUGCCGUUUCCCAGUUACUGGUCUAUUCGAAUCGCACCGAUGCCCAAGAGGCCUCAGAGGCAUUGCUAAAUGUUACCCACCUGCCGUUGAGUUCCAAGGCUGCCCUGAACUACAUCAUCGAAGAAAUCAAAUGGUUCCAAGAUUAUCAUGUCGAAAUCUAUUUGGAUCUAUUUUUGAUCCUGGUUCUCGUUUGGUUCCUAAAUCGGGAAUUUGAAAUCGGCUAUCGGUUGACAUUCUAUGGCAAUGCCGUCGCAAAUCAGGAUAAAAUACGGGUACAAAAUAUGAAAAACCAAGCCGACAUGUUGCUACACAACAUCAUACCAAAACAUGUGGCGGAACAUUUGAAAAAUACCGCCAAAUAUUCCGAGAAUCACCACAAUGUGGGCAUCAUAUUCGCCUCCAUUGUCAACUUCAAUGAAAUGUACGAUGAAAGUUAUUUGGGAGGCAAGGAAUACCUGCGAGUACUCAACGAACUCAUAGGGGACUUUGAUGAACUACUCUCACGACCCGAAUUUAAAUGUGUGGAAAAAAUCAAAACCAUUGGUUCCACAUUCAUGGCCGCCAGUGGCCUUGAUCCCAAGCACCGUGGUGAUGGCAACGAACACAUUCAUGCCCUCAUGGAAUUCUCCAUUGCCAUGCAGGGUGUGGUGGAUGCCUUUAACAAAGAUUUGUUGGAAUUCAAUUUAAUUUUACGCAUCGGUUUCAAUGUAGGCGAUGUAACGGCCGGUGUUAUUGGCACCAGUAAACUGCACUACGACAUUUGGGGCGAUGCCGUUAAUGUAGCCUCCCGCAUGGACUCCACCGGCGUUUCGAAUCGUAUACAGGUGGGUAAAGAUUGUCUACAAUUUUUGGAAACAAAAUAUGAAUUUGAGCCGAGAGGUAGUGUUUAUGUGAAGGGUAAAGACAACAUGGAAGUGUUCCUGUUCACACAACGCAAACCCGAUCUGGUCGGCGACGACGAUGAGAUGGAGGAAGAAGAUGCCAGUCAUAGUGGUGGUCCUUUAUUGGGUGAGAUGAAAAAUGGUAAUGGUAGCAUUAGUUAAAGCGGGGGGAGAGAGAGAGAAAUAACGUGUUGAAAUUUCUCUAAACAAAAUGAGAAAGAAUGGUAAAAUGCAAGGCUAUUUUUAAGGUCUCUCCUUAAAACCAGCUGAUAUCCUCUAUGCCGGCGAAAUGCAAUGUUAUUGUGAAUUAAACAUAUGGAGCUUCAAGGUAAACAACAGUGUUGCCAUAUUGAGAGUGUUUCAAUCACAAUUGUAGUUUUUGUUAUUUUUUUGAAAAGAAAAAUAUAAACAGCCAUCAUUGUGAUUGAAUCACUCUCAAACUAUCAAAGAGAAAAAUCAAGUUCGUUCCAUGGUCUAUAAAAAAGUCACAGAUUCCAGAAUAUGCAAAAAUUUAAAAAAAUUACUACCAUAACCGACUUUUCCUUUAAUACAUCGAAAAAGCUGCAAAAGUAGUAGUCUUGAAGGCUGAAGGAAUGUCUAAUUUACAGAAAUGCCUUUUCAAAAGACAAAAGAGAUUAUUAAUGUUCAAAAUGCCAAAAUUUGUCUUUGCGAUGUGGGCGUUCCGACAUUUUCGAAAACAACUGUAAUAUCGUCUAGGAAAUAUGCUUUUUUUUGGCAAAAUCUAUUUAAUAUGGUCACAUAGAAUGCAAAUUCAGGUUUUGGUCAUCUCUUGCUGUCAAAUGCUUUUCUGCGGAAAUUCCAUCAAAAAGGAAGAAAAUACAAUGUAAUAUUACACAACUUUUGCAUUUCAAGUUGUACAUGUUUUUUUUUCACUCAUAAAAAAUUAUUCAAAAACUCUAGAGCUAAAAAAAGAAGACAGUUAUAUCCUUUAAAUUAAAUUCAAAAAUUAUACUACGAGUAACAAUUAUAAGGUGGCAUUUUUACUGCUAAUUCGACAGGACUCCAUUCAAAGUCAAAAUCUUCCAAAACACUUUUUUUAUUGGGGAUAGUUUCAAAGUAAGAUAUGUUCUUUAAUCAAUGUGAGGGUCUGGAAAAAAGUAUCACAAAUUUUUGUUUAUAAAACUUUUAUUUUACCAGUCUGGAUUCUGGAAAAUUUCAAAGCUACGGACUCUUAGCUUUUUAUACUUUUAUAAAUCCUUUGCAUAUACAAAUUGAGUCCAAUAAUUUGAGGUGCAUUACUACCAUAAUGGCAAACCCAGGUUUCAAAUAUUUUCUACGUUUUAUUCAAAUUUUCAAUUUAUUUUGGCCAAAUUUCAGUAUUUUGAGUUCUCAUUAUGUGGAGACGCUACUAGGAAAAAUUAUGCAUCAAAUUUAAAUAUGUUUUUUUUUUUUUCUUUAUGGCAAGUACGGUGCGAACAUUUUCUUGAUAAUAUAAUGGAAAUAGAAAUAUAUUUUCUUCAACCACUUACAGUGAAAAUUUAUGCAGAAUAUUUUUUCCCUGACGUCAUUAUUCUAUAAUGGUGCUUUGCAGGGAAAUUUUUCAUAAACUCACGUAGGGUAUGGAAAUAACCAUAAAAUUUACACCUUUCCUGGAAAAAAAGAUACUAGUAUUUUAUAAAAAUACAUUUGUGGACUAUUUUAACUUCCUACGACUUAAGGGACUAAAAAUACCCCCUUGGUGACUCAACUUAAGGUUAAAAAUCCAUAUCCGAAAUAAUGCUCGUGUUUUUAACAACAAUAUUGUCAAAGACGCAAUGAAAAUUACAAAAAAUGAAGAAAGAGGGAGGAACUUGCCCAACUCGAGUUUGGUUACUUUUCGAUGCAUACUUUCAAAACAACGAAACAAGUGUCGUCUAUUUUUAGCUAUACUUUUAGAAUCCGCCGGAUUUCUCCUGUCAUCAUUUAAAAAAAUAAUUUUUUCACACAGUGUAAUCGCAGCUUCGAGUUUGUGGUAGUAAAAUGUUAAACUGAUUCAGGACAGUUUGUCUUGUGUAAAAGUCAGUGUUCCAGUUUUGAUGAAAUCAUCAUGGUACCAAGGAAGAUCUAACAGGUAACCGCAUCGGCGAAUUGCUACAAAAAAGCAACUUAGAUGUCAAAAUUGGCAUCUAAGGCGAAAAACAUAGAUUCGCCAUGACAUUUAAAUGUUGCGGCAAAUUUGUUUCAACCAAUCAGAAACGAGGUGUUUGUUUACAUUUUAUUUUGUGUGCCUCUCGUCGUAAACGAACGUCGCAAUAAAAGUUUUUAUUGUAAAACAAAUAAGAGUAAAAUAAGUAUUAAUUGUAGUAUUGCGAUAUUUUUAAACCAAGAAACUUAUAAUGACUAUAUUUUACUGGUUUAAACCGAAAGUUUUCCGGAACUGCAAAUGACAAGAGUCGAAUUCUUGCACUACUUCCCGUGAUGCUGUGCUUUGGGAAUCUUAGAUGUUGAGGCUAACUUAAUUCUUAAAGCUGCACUCCAUUCUAACCUCCUUCCUUUAUUUUCUUUUAAUUUUUUUACUGGUUGCACUCUUAACUUGCUCUUAAAUUAUUUGAAAUAUUAUAAAAAGGUACUUUUAGGGAAGACAACAUAAACAAAUUUAUUGUUGCUUUCAUUUAGGGCGAAUUCUUCAUUACAACAAUUUGUUUUGACAUUUAAUGGUGCCGUCAGCUGGGCUGAUGCGAUUACCUAGUACAUCUACCUUGACUCUGGGUUUAUAAAAGGUGAGGCAGAGACAGUUUAUAUAUUAUUUGCCAAAAUACUUAAAUUGGCCUUUGUGACGUAGGCGUACCGAUAAUUCCAGAAACAUUUGUAACAACGUCAACGAAAAUCUCAUCGCUAUUUGAAUGACUUAAGUUAUCGGCUGGCUUCCUCGUAGAGGAUCAAAGCAAAGACAUAGGUCUUUUUAGUUUUAGGUGGACUUAGUUCGAUUUUGACCCUACGCUCCUUUGAUAUUUUCCGAAGAACCAUCUUAACUUUAAUCUUCCGCUGCUUUAAACGCCCCCCCACACAUGUUUUACUAAGAUUCCUCAUUUAUUUGACGAUAUGGGUUUUACAUAUGUAGUGUCAAAUUUUCAAUAUGUAGAAGUUGCACACAUCGUGUGAUACAUGGACAACAUUUCAGUUGUGAAAUACAUGAGUAAAGUACAAAUGUACUUUUUCGAUACAAAAAAUUAAAUUUGUAAUAAAAAGUCAUCCAAAAAGUAUUGUAAUUUUCUAGAAAAUUCAAUAUAAUCAGAGUGUAACCAAAAAAAUCUAUGCAGGUGUGCGAUAGCAAGAAUUUAUAGUCAUUUUUUUAAUAAUACCUUUGGCAUACACACUAGAAUACACAUGGAUAAAAAAAGUGCAGCACAUAUGUAAAACCCCCUUCGUCUGUUAACAGCUUUAAGUGACAAAUUUGACACACACACACGAAAAUACAGGUAGACAAUAAAUGUGACAGUACAUAUAUAAACGCAUCUUUAUGGGUGACGAAUAUCGAUCUAUAGAUCACUGAUGAAAUGAAAUUAAAAGGUUGUAAAACCUUCUCAUUGCGAUGUAAAUCGCGUUGUUCACUCUCAAAGUUACGAAACACAUAAAAUAUAGGCGCGGUUCUUAAUUCAAAGUACCAUUAUCCAGUUUUUCAUGCUGUUUGACGGGCAAUAUCGGUGUACUCCUUUUGCUACCUCUUCCACAAAGCGUUAACAUUUUGAAUGACCACAACGUUCACAAAAGACGAAAUAUGAAUAUGAUUCUCUUCAAAUUUUACAGAAGUUUGAAUAAUUGUAACUCUCAUAACAUGCGAACGUCAACGAUUUUCUUCAAACUUUGUCCGUCCGUCUGUCCAUAGUAUGUCAUUCCGUUUGUAACACCUCGAAAUACACAUUUUAGACCCCACAAAGUAUAUAUAUUCUUAAUCAGCAUAAAAUUCUAUGACGAUUUAGCGAUGUCCGUCUGUGGAAAUCACUCUAGCUUCCAAACGAAUUUAAGUAGAUUGAUAAAAUUUUGCUCAAAUGUAUGUUAUAUCUGCAGGACUUUUGGUAUUGAAAGGUCCACGUUUUGGUAUAGCCCCCACAUCACUGUACCUCCCGAUAUUCGGUAUUUUAAUGAUUUUAGCGAAUUUAUUCACCGAAAUAGUUUCAAAUUUGGUAUUUGAAGUUCGUAAUGAAUACUACAGCCUACGACAGAAAAUUGUCUGUGCAGGUCCACGUCUUCGUAUAGCCCCCAUAUAACGGUACCUUCCGAUAUUCGGUAUUUUGAUUUUAUCGACAUUAUAACCGAUUUUUUUUAAAGUUUCGCAUUUGAAUAUUGUAUUGACUUAUGACAAAUACAUUCGGUAUUUUUAAGAUUUUAACAGAAGUUUUAACGGAUUUUACUGUUUUUGAGAAUUGCCAAAUUCGUUCCAAAUGGUGGAGGGUAUUCAAAGUUCGGUCCGGCCGAACUUACAGCUUUUUUACUUGUUAUUCAUUUUUUCAAUUUUUUUCUGAAAAUGUUGAGUUUAAAAUAAACUUUUGUAUAUUUCGGAAGAACCAUUUGUCAAAUUUUUUAUGGCGAUAGACAAAUUAAUAAUUUUUUUCUCUUUCAUAUUUUUUGUCGAAAUUUCAACUCGUGACAAGAAGCAUGCCUCACAUGAGAGCGAAAUUAAUAAUUUAAAAAAUUUCGUUAAAUUUUUGUAUUUUGCAUUUUAAUAUGUGGAAUGACACAUAUUUCUGAGAGUGUUACAUUUUGGGUAGGGAGACAUUUAAUAAGUAUAGGUAAACCAACGAAUCGAGUGAAUCACGUACCGUGUAAACACAGUAUUACCAGUUUCAAAACAAAAAUGGGUUGUUUGAAAUAAUAGUUCGCUAAGGGCGGUUAUUACAUCUUUCCGAUAGAUAAUUUUUCAACAAUUUUUACAAAUUUUAAUAAAUUUUCAUUUAAAAUUUUCAAUUCCAAAAUCGGUUUGACAGUUCAUGUACCUGUAUUCUUCUACCAUGGUAUCUCUGUAAUAUUGAAUAUAUGGUAGAAUUCCCAGGGUAACCCAGUGUAAUCAUAUGUUUACAGCUUCUCAAAACUUUUUCUUUAACAACAUCUUAUUGUCUAAACAUAGAUUCAUAAAUCCAUUUUAUAUACACAAGUCGAAAAUGAGAACUUGCUUUCUAUGCAGUUAACAUUUGACAAGGUAAAUUGCAGAAAAUGCAGAGAUGGAAAUGUAGUAUUAUGUAUGUAAUUACAAGUGAGAACUUGCAUUCUAUGUUGUUCAAUUUGAAAAAAAAUGCAGAACCGGAUAUAAUUAUUUGAAAUCAGACUACCAGAGUCAGAUUUAUUGUGCCAUGUGGUGUAUACAAAUCGGUUUGUUGAAAAAAGUGUUGCCAUAUUAUCCGUAUUAUUAUGUUUUUAGAUAUUUUUAGAGCAUUAUACUAGGAAACUCUCGUUUGUGUCAGUUGUCCAACUCCCCUCGAAAUGGUUGCGAAACAAUUUCUGGCUACGUCGGUGAUAAUAUCACAACCAUGGUACAAUAAAAAGUAAGGAAGAGCUACCAGCUGAUUACAAUUAUUUUUUCUAAAUGUGCCCGACUUCUGCCAAUUUUGUGUAUGUAUUUAUUGUUUUUGAAAAAUAAAAUCAAAAUUUAUUCAAAACCAAUGAUUGGAAGACGCGUUCAUUGCGGCUCGCGCGUUAAAGCUUUUAACCAGUGGAUCAUAUUUUUGAGAGAAAAUCCAGGCAUUUUAUUCAGUUUUCGCGUUAUUUAACUCAUUUUAAAAAUGAGGAAAUACAUGAAAAGAAAAUGAAAACUGAUUGUUAUAUAUAAUUUUAAAUCAGUCUGACAGGAAGCGGGCAUAGCCUCAGAGCUGUAUUUCUUUAGUUUUACGAAGCUGUUCUACCUCCUUAUUGUACCAUGAUCACAACCAUAAUGCAUUGUUACACAGCGUUUACACACAACUCUUUUUUUACUUUAACGUAAUAAUUGACCAUUCACAAUAAAUUAAACAUAUGUUUUUCACAGUCUAAUUUAUUGUGAUUGCUAAUUAUUUUAUUACGUUUAACCAAAAAAAAAAAAAAUUAUGUAAAUGUAUCUUUACCAUUUAGUGUCACACAAAGAUCUACCCAAUAUAUAAAGGACCACUACGCAGAAAAUCUCCAAGGGUUUUAAAAAUGUACCUAAUUUCCUUGAAAUAAAAAUGAUUUUUUAAAGAAAAAAAAUUAAAAGCGAAUGGCGUACAUAAACAUAUAUGUAUGUAUAUAUAUUCGCAAUAUUAACAAAUUGCAAGACCACACAUAAUAAAACCCCAUUUUUAAAUAUUUUUAUUUUUAUACUCAUCUUGCCGUUGAAUAGAGCAUAAACGAAAACCUGAAAUAUUAUAGAAAAUAAUAAAAUACAAAUAAAUUUAAAAACAAAAUAAAUUAAAUUUAUAUAAGUGUCAUAUAGCAGAAAGUAAAAACAACAAAAAAUAUUAUUUAAUAAUAUUUAUAAAUAAUUAUUUAUAGAAUAUUAAAUAUACAAAACGAAAUUGAAACGUUGCAAAGAGAACAAAAAUUUGUUGCACAAGGCGAUGAUGAUCCGUUGGUUAUUUUUUCAAAAAUGGAUCGAUUGUUUCAUUUGACAAAUAUACACGAAAAAAAUCUAAUUCUAAACAAAAUAUUAAAACUUUAUAAAUUGUUGAAUAAAAUUUAAAUGCAUGUAGCAGGUUUGAGAUAUUUAAGGGUAACAUAAAAGUUGAAUUUUAAAGUAAAGAUAUGAAAAUAUAUGAUUUGGUAACUCACUAUUUUAUGCUCUGUUCCAGAAUUUCAAUUUUUCCUUUACGAUACAUAAAAAUAUUGGAAAACUAGUUGAUUUUUUGCAGAUUUUGGAGCAGAUCAUUAAAUUCCCACAUUUUGAGUUCAACAAUUUGCAAAGUUUUAAUCGACAAACUGUUAUCCUUCAUAUACACACAAGAAAAAAAAAUAAUAUUUAUUUAAGAAAAA